AGGCACAUGACGGUCAUUCUAUUUCCGGUUCAGAGUUCACUGGGGUCCUAACAGCGCGGAUUAGAGAGACCACCGGCUACAUUUAUUUCUUUCCUUCCGACUACUGUAACGACUUUUAAACAUGUCUGGCAGAGAAGGAGGAAAAAAGAAACCACUGAAGGCGCCCAAGAAACAGUCCAAGGAAAUGGAUGAUGAUGAUAUGGCCUUCAAGCAGAAGCAAAAGGAAGAUCAGAAGGCCUUGGAGGCUUUGAAGGCCAAAGCUUCAGGAAAAGGACCUCUAGGCAGCAGUGGCAUCAAGAAAUCGGGCAAGAAGUAAAGUCUGAAUCUGAUGACGAUGUUUGUUUGCUCCCUGGCCUCGCUUCCUGCGUCUGCGAUGUCUGUAUGCUAGCUGAGUGAGAGUUUUGCUCUGUUAAACAUGGAUUCCAUCAAACUAAAAACCUGCCCUGGUGUUGAACUCCUCCACCAGUGAAAAUGUACAGAAAAUGCGUUUAAUACUUUUGAGGAUUUCAAGGACAGGAACAUCUGUGCCAGUCAGGUCGGGUUACCACAUCAUAACUCAUGUAAUUAGAGGUUUCACACUGAUAUUUGUUGUUGAGAACAGUUCACUCAGUCAUACACACUGACCAAAAUCUUCAAACUCAGUUUAGAAAUGAAGGGCUGCACCUGGAAAGCGAGAAAAAAAUCCUGAUCUCCACCAUAUUUUGCUUUGUGUCUAUGUGAAACUUUUAACUAUCAGAAACACAAGUCACCCCAGGUUUUUGUUGUAUUGUAAAGAGGGAGAUACUAAUAAAGUUUUUCUAAUUAA